CUAAUAGAACUAGGAAGUGGGCGGAGCCUGUCAGGAUGCUUUGAGCAGGCGAGAGCUGCGGCUUGACGUCUGAUGGUUGGGGUCUUGUAUCUUGUGUGUGUGGGGGUGCUGACUGCCGUACUGCCUGGAUACAAUGCCGGGCACAGCCCGAUCACUCAGCAAGACAUGGCUAAGUACAGGGAUAGGGUGAAAGCCAUGUUUUAUCAUGCAUACAACAACUACCUGGACAAUGCGUUUCCGUACGAUGAGCUGAGACCGCUGACGUGUGAUGGACAGGACACGUGGGGGAGUUUUUCUUUGACUUUAAUUGAUGCUUUGGACACAUUGCUGAUUAUUGGGAAUACCUCCGAGUUCCAGAGAGUAGUGAACGUUCUGCAGGACAAUGUGGAUUUUGAUAUCGAUGUCAACGCCUCAGUGUUUGAGACCAACAUCCGAGUGGUAGGGGGGCUUCUGUCUGCUCACCUCCUGUCGAAGAGAGCUGGCCUUGAGCUGGAGCCUGGUUGGCCAUGUUCUGGCCCUUUACUUCGAAUGGCAGAAGAUGCAGCUAGGAAACUACUUCCAGCUUUCGAUACAGAGACGGGAAUGCCUUAUGGAACAGUCAACCUCCUGAGAGGUGUGAACCCCACAGAGACUCCGGUGACAUGCACUGCUGGCAUUGGAACCUACAUCAUCGAAUUUGCUACCCUGAGCCGCUUGACGGGAGACCCAGAAUUUGAAAGAGUAGCAAGACGAGCCCUCAAAGGAUUGUGGGAGAGUCGUUCUGAGAUUGGAUUAGUAGGGAAUCACAUUGAUGUAAUGACUUCGAAAUGGGUUGCCCAAGAUGCAGGGAUAGGAGCUGGCGUUGACUCUUAUUUUGAAUAUCUGGUUAAAGGAGCCAUUCUUCUACAGGAUGAGGAGAUGAUGUCCAUGUUUCUAGAUUACAAUAAGGCCAUUCAGAACUAUACCAAGUAUGACGACUGGUAUGUCUGGGUGCAGAUGUAUAAAGGCACUGUCUCCAUGCCAAUAUUUCAGUCCUUGGAAGCUUUCUGGCCUGGAUUACAAAGCUUGAUAGGAGAUAUUGGAAAUGCCAUGAGGACAUUCCUCAACUAUUACACAGUCUGGAAGCAGUUUGGUGGAUUACCAGAAUUCUACAAUAUUCCUCAAGGAUUUACGGUGGAUAAAAGAGAAGGCUACCCACUUCGCCCCGAGCUGAUUGAGAGUGCAAUGUACUUGUAUAGAGCCACCAAGGACCCCACACUGCUGGAACUGGGCAGAGAUGCUAUAGAAUCCAUAGAGAAAAUAAGUAAAGUGGAUUGUGGAUUUGCAACUAUCAAAGAUGUUCGAGAUCAUGAAUUAGACAAUCGAAUGGAGUCCUUCUUUCUAGCAGAGACAAUAAAAUAUCUCUACCUGCUGUUCGACCCGGACAACUUCAUCCACAACGACGGCUCUGAGUUUGACCUAGUAGUGACCCCCUAUGGGGAAUGUGUGUUGGGUGCUGGUGGGUAUGUGUUUAAUACAGAAGCCCACCCAAUUGACCCAGCAGCACUGCACUGCUGCAAACGGGACAAUACAGAGAAGUGGGAGGUGGAAGACCUGGUCAGAGAAUUCUUCUCUGUGAAGCCAAAGACCGAGAAGUUCAGAAAAGAGAAAACUGGCGAUCCAAAGAAAGUGGAUCCAUUUCCUAGUAGAACAAAGAACAGAACUAACAGCAAGCGCUCAACUCUUCUCCAUUGCCCCAGCCAACCCUUUAGCUCUAAACUGUCAAUUCUGGGACAAGUUUUUCUAGAGUAAUCCUAAAAACUGUUGUUGUUUUUCAACUCUCAAUACAAAUAUUGGUUUACAUAAAACAAAGCUGUAUACCACAGUAUAUCUCGGCAGACACGAAUAUCACUAGAAUGAGUGUUUUGGACCUUUCUACUCCCCCCAACCUCCGUCCUCCUCUCUCCUGCCUUCAACCAUGUAAUAUGUCUGAUUUUUGCACCUCAGAAAAGGAACUGCUAAGCUUUGAUAACACUGUGCGAAAGGUCCUGGAAGGGCUCUAGUGAAGCAAUGGUGUUUCUAGAUCCUAGAACAACUUCAAUUCAAU